CUUAAGUGUUACGUUGAUUCCCUUUUUGGACUAUUAAGUGCGCGGCAAUACACCAGAGAUCAGCGGGCUCCUACCGCUUUCGUGACGUCCUUAGUCGUCUAAAUGUGCUACUUGAUUAUUGGGUUUUCCCCUCUCUGCAAGGGGCAAUAUGCUUGCUGUCCGUUGAAGUAACAAAUAAAGCCUGGAAGCAUGCAUCCGGAUUUGAACCCCAAUGCUAUUCAUGUACCGAGUGCCCUGAACCAGUUGCUUUGUUUGAGUUUUAAGGUUGUUCAACUGCGAAAAAAAGGAAACCCGCAAGACCUUCGGCAUUUCUCAUCGUAACCAUUACCGCAACGCAACGCACAGAUUAAAGGCCGACCGCGAACGAACUGCUUAUUCGCAAGAUGAACCAACUUCUUGGCUUUUUGCUUCUGGGUGCUCCGACGGUCAACGCGGCUAUGGCGGCGUAUAUGGCCGCCGUCCCUCAGAGGAUCAGAGCUCUGGUUGAAGCGCACGAGUGCACCCUCCCCGCCGAGUUCACCAUCAAGAACUUUUCUGGAAACCCGGACGACGGGGGUGACACGCUGAGCCAGUUCGAGUUUAAUUUCCAGGACGAUGAAACCGACGUCUCGACACUCUGCCAGUUCAACUCCAGCUCCGAGGCGAUCAUCAUCGGGGGAAGGACCGCGCGAUAUGCCUGUAAUGAUCCACUGGUGCAGUUCAUCUGGCAGGAUGCAGCUUUGACCAUGAUUGAAAAGGCUUGUCCGGAUGAACAAGGGUAAGUUCAAGACAACGUCCGCCCAGUCAUUGUUACAGUUCGCCUGCCCAACGAGUACUGAUGAUGUUCGUGAAACAGCCAGGCAGAUUUCGAAGCAGCUGGAACCGCACCUAUCGAGAUUGUAUGCGGCGACGGCGGCAGCAAUUCCACACGU